AUGAACCCGAGCUGUGCCCGCUGCGGCAAGAUCGUCUACCCGACCGAGAAAGUCAACUGCCUGGACAAGGUAAUCAGCCGCCUCCCCCACCUUCCCACCCACCCCGUGUGCCUUGGAAUACAGGUCACGUAUGGACCUUCCGCACACUGUAUACCUCAUUCUGUGGGCCCUCCGCGCACUGUGUAG